UGCAUCGGCUAAAGCAAGAGAGUUGGCUUGGCAAAAAAUAACGGACAGAGUAAAUGCGUGAGUGUAUUAAAUUACAAAUUUGGUAUUGGCUCCUGUUUUAUUGAAAUGGAAAAUAAGGAAGUAUGACUUAUACAUCCUUUUGAAUAUGUUAAAUCACUAUGAAAGCAUUUACUUUUCCUGCCAUUUAUUUCUUUAGCUUGAAAUAAUGUAUAUUUCUUAUUUAAUAAGGUGUAAUCCUUCUGGAGCCACAAGAACUUUAAGCCAAGUCAAAAUGAAACACAAAAACAUUCUGCAAAAAGCUAACAGAAAGAAGACUGAAGCCCGUCUAACUGGCGGGGGGCCACCACCACCUCCCCUAACCCCAUCUGAGGAGCUGGCUCUGUCCCUUAAUAAAGGGCGACCAGUGGUUGCUGGCAUUCCAGGGGGCAGUUCAUCACACAUACUAUGCACCACAAGUGAUGGUGAAAAAAGGGUGACAUAUACUGAUGGACGGAUUGUAUUAUUGGACUCUCCAGAAAGAACACAGUCUUUCACAGUUAAUGAAGAUGAUGACGAUGAAGAGACCACAUCUGCUGUGACAGAAGUGGACAAUGCUGGUAGAUCCACUGAGUACAUACCUAGGGAUUUGCCCACAGAUGAGGGUCCUUCAGCCUCAGCACACAAUCUAAGCAGGUUGCCAGCAAAGGAGCUGUAUAAGGUCCAUCUUCAAAAACAAAUAAGAAAAAGCGACAUGGACCUUAUACAGCUUCAAAUGGAAGAGAAAAGGCUCCUCAUUAAAAAAGCAGCACUUGAAAUAGAAUUACUUGAGAAUCGCCUUAAGGAAAUGAAGAAAUAAACUGCCUGGCAGACCAGUGCAAAAAAAACUAAUAAAAGUAAUUUUGACAAA